AUACACACUUGCGCGCCAGGAGGCAUACACAAGGGCAUUCAUCAGUCCUCCACCUCCCCUCCCAGCCUUCGCCGCCUCCUCCUCCUACUCUGGCUGCGGCUGGCGAGGACACGUCAAGGGAAAUAAAUAAAUAAAUAAAUCCAUUCACCCUGUGACAGCGGAAAGAACCGGCUGCGGCGGGGGGGCACGCACAGAGCCGAGCGCCCACCCACUCACCCCGAGCUAGAGACCAGGCCAUUCUGAUGAUCACAGGUUUUCCUUCUGCUAUAUUUUGGCCUUUAUUCUAGUGCAAUGCUUUCCUAUGAAGCACAUUCAAGCUGAGUUUUGGAACAGAACAGGCUGCUUGUGCCUAGAGAGCUAAUCUAUAUUCCAAGGGCCACGUGGUCAGGCUAAAACACAUUAUAGUUAGAAUUAGCUAUUUGAAUCACAGAAAAGGACCCCGAAAUGCCACCAGCAGCAAGUGGUCCACCUCAGUAUCCACCCCCAGAUGGAGGAUGGGGCUGGAUUGUGGUCCUUGGGUCUUUCAUUUCCAUUGGAUUUUCCUAUGCAUUUCCCAAAGCCAUCACAGUGUUCUUCAAGGAAAUUCAGGAGAUAUUCCACAGUACCUACAGUGAGAUAGCAUGGAUAUCAUCCAUCAUGCUUGCUGUUAUGUAUGCAGGAGGUCCAAUAAGCAGCAUUUUGGUGAAUAAAUAUGGCAGCCGGCCAGUAAUGAUAAUAGGAGGCAUACUAUGUUCUUUGGGAAUGAUUUCUGCUUCUUUUUGUAAUAGUGUAAUACAGCUUUACCUCUGUGUGGGAUUUAUUGGAGGUUUGGGCUUAGCUUUCAACCUGCAACCUGCCUUAACCAUGAUUGGCAAGUACUUUUACAAGAAAAGACCCAUUGCUAAUGGAUUGGCCAUGGCUGGAAGUCCUGUGUUCUUAAGUACAUUGGCACCUUUCAAUCAGUUUCUUUUCAAUCAUUUUGGCUGGAAAGGGAGCUUCUUGAUAUUGGGAGGGCUCCUUUUGAACUGUUGUGUGGCUGGGUCACUCAUGAGACCUGUUGGACCCAAACAAGCUUCUGCUAAAAAAGAUGCUGAGAGAGCAGUGGGAGAAACAAGUGUACAGAAAAACGUAAACAAGCAAUCAGGAUGGCAAACUAUCAAUAAAUAUUUAGACCUGACCCUUUUCAAGCACAGAGGGUUCCUGAUUUACCUAUCAGGAAAUGUCAUCAUGUUUGUUGGGUUUUUUGCACCAAUUGUGUUCCUGGCACCAUAUGCAAAACACAAGGGAAUCGAUGAAUAUUCUGCAGCCUUUUUGCUCUCCAUCCUGGCCUUUGUAGAUAUGUUUGCUCGGCCUUCCAUGGGGCUAUUGGCAAAUACCAAGCUGAUCCGGCCCCGUAUACAGUACUUCUUCAGUUUUGCAGUCUUAUACAAUGGCAUCUGUCAUCUCUUAUGCCCUCUGGCAGAAAGCUACACUGGCUUGGUGGUAUAUUCUGUAUUUUUUGGUUUUUCCUUUGGCAUGGUCAGCAGCGUCCUCUUUGAAACCCUCAUGGACCUUGUUGGUGCCACAAGGUUUUCCAGUGCAGUGGGACUUGUCACCAUUGUGGAAUGCUGCCCUGUUCUGAUUGGCCCUCCAUUAGCAGGUAAACUAGUGGAUGAAACCGGAGAAUAUAAGUACAUGUAUUUUUGCUGCGGGGUGAUUGUGACUAUAGCUAGUAUAUGGCUUUUUGUUGGAAAUGCUAUCAACUAUAAGUUGUUGGCAAAAGAAAAAAUGUUAGAAGAAGAAAAGCAGAAAGCUCUAAACCAUGCUGACUCCAAGGAAGUGGAGCCUUUGACCAAUAACGAAAAUGAUGAUGUUUCUACCCGAGCUACCAAAGUACUUGAUGAUCCCUCAGAAAGAGAAACAAAUAUUUAAUGGGAAUCAUCCCUUAGAUAUCAGUGUUUCCAACUUCCCUUAAAAUAUAAGGCAGAUUUUAUUUUUUAGUUAUAAUGAUCAGCCAUAGUUAUUGACAGAGAUAGAGUUUUGUGCAAUGACAAGAAUCUAAUCUUGUUGUCAAUGGCUUUUUUUUUUUUUAUGAUUGUGGUGGUGGUGAGAUUUUUUGUUGUUGUUGAGUUGCAAAUAUGCAAAAGGGUCCAGUCUCUUCCAUGAUUCUGAACUCUGGCUAGGAUAUUAAUUUAAAGUCUUCCAGUGACAAGUGAAAUUGGUCACACAUACAGAAGUAAAUUCUCAUUACUACAUUGUCUGCUUCACGUGCUACAGGAAAAUAUUUGUCCGAACCCUCAGGAUGAUACAUAUUACUAUGGAUCUCUCCUCUCUACAGUGUUUUAUUUUAUUUUUUAAUGCUUGAUAUAAAAGAAUGGAAUUGCCUAACAGAAGGAAAAGACUGCUACAAAGAGUAUUGAGGAUAAAACCAACACCAGACCCAUGUACAAAGCAACCAAUAACAUACUAUUUGUGAGAUUUUUGUUUGUUUUUAUAAAGUACAGUAUGCCCAGGGGGACAAAAUGGAUGUAUUAUUUUUGCAUUAGCCUUUACAGUAUGAGUGUUAAAAGCGAGAGAUGAAAUGAAUAGUUCUUUAUUCUAAAUGCAAUUAAUGAUUAAAUGAUAGUGUUUGUAUAUGUAUAUAAAGCAACUUUUAUGAAAAGUGAUGGAAUUGAUAUGCUAAAACAAUUACUUUUGAGGCCAUAUGACUAAUCCAAAUGUUUUAAAUGUCAGUUCAUUGAGUAUGACCUAAAGAAACAAAUCUUACCAUUUAAGAUUUUUUGUCAUUUAUCCCAUUUAGUUAAUAUUCCAGAUAAAGGAAUCAAAAGAGACAGGGAGUCAAGGAAAGUGAUUAGGAAUUAGCUAAAGUAAUAUAUUUAAAACAGGUUUAGUUCUACAAUGGCAAGAAGUAGCAAUUAAGGAUUUCUCUUGAAUAUAUUAGUAAUCUCAGGUUCGAGUCUUAUUUUUAUUUUCUGACCAGUUCAUUGACAUCAUAUAGUAUGAACAGCUCGCCCUCUUGUUGACAGACCUUCAUUGAUGGUAAAUUAUGAUUUUCCUCUAUACCUGGAGGAAGUGCCUUCAUUGAAAGUGAGCAAUGUGAUUGGACCUACUUUUUGUCCAGUCCGGUUGGUCUUGCCAAUGUCCUGGGCACACAGGUAGCUAACUUAAAAUGCCUCAACAUGAUAGUACUGGAAAAUUCAAAUCCUGUAGUCAUCGGAUUCAGACAGCUUAUGGAUGCAACUGAGUGAAACAGUGUCAAGUUGGGUUUUGACCAUUUCAGCUACCCUAUUUUGAUUUGAUAGACAUAACAUAGAAUAUAAUGAUGAGAAGCUUGUGUUGCUACUUUUCAGAUUUAGAGACCAGUUUCUCAUCUUUGAAUCCUUGUAAGAUUUCUGGAAAUUUAAACUGCCAUUUUAAGGAAAAUUAAAUAUUAAUCUUGUUCUUUCAAAGUCUCUAAAAUUAAAAAAAUAGCAUUUUAAAAUUGGAAAACAUUAAUAAUCUGACAAUUUCAGUUGUAAAUAUUAACUUCUAUAAAUCUGAAAUUUAGUAUUAUAAAUAAUAAAAUAUUUUAUGCUUUCUUACUGGGAUGAAAUCACCUUAAUGAUGUCAAAUGAAAUUUUCUUUCUUGCUCGCUUUUUUUCUCCCUUUUUUCUUUCUUGCACUUAGAGAAAGUGGUUAUUCUGUUAGACAAUAGGAAAAUACCUACAUACCAAUCUUUCUGAAAUAGUGAACAAUGAAGAUCUGAUUCAUAAAAAAAAAAAAUUUAUGUUUAUGCAAGAUACUUGCACAUUUUUCUUUAGGAAGAUAAGUGAAAUUUCGCAUUUCAUUUACCCCUCACUUUUUAAAAAUAACAUGUAAGAAGUGUUAGUGUUCAAAAAAAUAAGUAGAACAAGAUGUGCCAAUAUCACAGGUAAACAAAUCAGGGGAGAUUUGGCAAGUGUGAAAGUGUAUUUAAGUGAGUUGUGUCCACUUCUGAUGUUUAAUUUAGCUAUUUUCAUAUAUUUAUAUUUUUAUAUUCUACUCUGAUUAGUCAUAACAGGUGCAGAAUCACAAAUUAUCUUUCCCCUCUCCAGACUUAAACACCUUUUCUGGAAACAAAAACCUUUCAUUCUUAAUCUUUGAAGAUGUGUGAUUAAAAUAAUAUGAAUCUCAAGCCUCAUACAUAAGAGCUAAAAUAACCCCAAGGUAUGAGAUUCUUGUCUUUCUUAUCAGCUCUUUUGCAGUGGUCUGAAUUUUCAUUGCUCAUUUUUUCUCUCAACCAAUGAGAGGGCCAACCUCUUAUAAUUUGCUUCUCCUGAUCAGUUUAUGGUUAAGACAACACUCUAUCAUUUGUUGCUUUUAAUCAUUGUCAUUUAGUCAUUGAUUCUCCAUUCCUAAUACUGUUUUUGUUUUUAAACUUUUUUUUAAAAUGAGAAACAGAAUAGAACUAUUGACUAACAAAUGGGCUUGCAAAAAUUCUUAGAGUGACACAUUUGCACUGCACAACAGUAUAAAUAUGCACAUAUAAUCUCCAUUGAGAAUUGUAAUGGGGGUUAAAACUGAAUGCACUUGAAAUAGUGGUUUAGAUAUACCCACUGGGACUAGACAUGUGCUAGGUUAGCCCAAAGUUAUUCCAUGAGGAUUUGAUUUGUUUUAUUUGAUUUCUAGUCUAGUUAUUGCCUUUACCAAGAUGAAUAAAAAUUUUAAGGCAAAGGUAUUCAUCAUAUUAUGUCUCAUGAGAUGGCACAUAUAAGAUUUUAUGCGGCUGAACCAAUACAUGUUGGGUAUAGUUCUCCCCUAUUUUGAAAGGUGUAUAAGCUUCAACUCUGCAGGAUAGCAUGUGAAAUGAACCUACUUAAAUCCUCUUUGAUUCUUGGCUUCUGAUGCUAUGUUAUGAGAACAAAAAGUCAUAAACCAGAAACAUAGAUGAUUUCUAUUUAUGCAAUAUCUCUUUGCACCAAGUAGGAGAAUCAUGUGCUCUGGAAUUUCCAGAGUUGCUAUGGAGAGGGGUUUAAUUUUUUUAGGCUUGGAAAAAAAUAUGAAAGAAUUUUGUUCAUAUAUAUGUUUUCAUGAAUAACCCUUUUACCAGACACAAACCUCCCCUUGAUGAUGUAGUCUCUUUUUCUUGCACAAAAAAUGGGUACAAAUGAACUACUGUCAGCUGAAUAGUAAGACAAGAACUUUGUGUCUCUUUAUCUGGUUGCACUGAUAAAUCCAUUGGGCAUGUUCCUACCCAAUCCUUUUUGUGACCCACAGCACUAAUUUGAGACAGAUAGUCAAGAUUGCAGUAUAGAAAGAAAGGUCUUUCCCACCACUUGUGUUUAAAGCUAAUUGGUUCACAAACUUUACCUCAGCAUUGUGUUCUUUCUGAGCCCAUAUACUCAUAUACCUGAUAGUGAUAUGCUUAAGAGGGUAAUGUUAGAAUAAUCAUAUUAUAAACCCAUUUCACCUAUUUAUAUCUGAAUGAUCAAAUUGCUUUAGCGAAACUAUGGCAAAUGCCAUGAAAAUUUAAGUAUAGGAGAAGUUUAUGGCAAUUUCCCUUUUUAGAGAAAUAUGUCUUCUCUAGAACAUCAAGAAUGAAAUCCCAGAGCAGCUAUAAGAAAAAUGCUAUAAAAAUUGAUCAUAGCAUUAGGCUCACUGCAUUAGACAUUACAGUCUGAGUACAAGAGAAUUUAGUCCGUAUCUGGACCAAACCACAGGGUAUCUAAACCUAAUGACAGGUUAAAAUUGAAUGGAAACCAUUUAAUUACACAGCAAAGAAUGAUUAGCAAACAUGUGCCCCCAAUGCCCCACAUUUCUGCUAUAAUUUAUAUUAGGUUUUUACUUAGAAGUUCGCUGGAAACUAGAUUUGCUAUAACCCAAAUACAUCAUUUCUAAUUGCUAGCAUUUCUAGGAAAUGCAAAUGUUCCUGCCCUACUCUCAAAAUAAUGCUAACAAUGAAAAAAUAGCCAUGCCAUUUUUUUAUGUAACUCCUUUUUCCUCAUUAAUAAUAAUGACUUGUAUUUAUAUAACUCAAGCACCAUAUAUUUCCCUGGGGCUGGGUUUAGAAGAAAAUGUUAUUAAUUUUUAUGAUUAUCUAAUUCUCAAUAUUAAUGGCAAAUAGCUCAUUAGCUGUUUGUUGUGAUGCAAAAAAAUAAAAACUGCUCAUUAAUGAAUGUGUUAUCUUCUAUGCCAAGUUGUACUGAUAAGUUCCAUGUUUUGUAAUCUUUUAAGCAAUAAUUACAAUAGGAAAAGGGUAUAUGAAUUAGGCAAUUUAAUUCAUUUCUCUGGUACACAUGAGUUUUCAAUAGUUGUGCACAAUUUAUCCUUUAUACUAUGACUCAGUUCUUUUGUUCUCUUUGGAAGGUAUCCAUCUCUCCCUCUUUUUUUAAUAUUAUUUGCUUCAUUGAAACUGAGAAUUUCAUUUACUGUCAUCUGGUUAAUUUUAUGUAAAUUUUAGAGCUUGAAAGGGACCUUAGAAAUUAUCCAGUCCUGCCUAACCCCUCCAAUUUUCUGAUGAGAAAACUCAGGCUUAGAUUUAUGACAUGGCUUGCUUAAGGUAAUAUAGGUAAAUUAAUGACACACUCAGGACUAGAACCCGUAAUUCCUAAAUGUUUCUUCCCAAUACGCCACCCUGUCUCCAGUAUAUAUAUAUAAAAAAUUGCUGUGCACCUCCCCACAUACUUUCAAAUACUAUUAAAAUAUUUAAAAUAAUAUUCUACUGCUUAUCUAUUCAUAGGACUUAUUGUUGUUACUAUUUCUAUAUUUUCCUCAAACUAAUAUAUAGUUUCAUAUGUAGGGCCAAAAACAUCACCUAUAAAAGUAUACAACUCAUGAAUAUUUUAAUUCAACAAAUAUUUAUUAAGUACGUGCUAUAUUCAGAAUAAUGUAUUAAAGGAUGAUUACAUGUAGUAAUAUCAUUGAGACGUAGGGUAGUUAAUUUCAAUUCUCUUUCAUUCAGUGAAUUUUUAGUAAACAUUUAGUAUAUGUGUUAAGCUCUGGAGCUGCAAAAACAAAAAUGAAAGCAGGCCUUGUUAAGAAACUUACUUUCUAUUGGGUGAUGGGUACCUCAACCACACAAAUUUCAAGUAUGUUUAUACCAAAGAGACAGUGGUAUAUCCAUUCAGUAACCUCCUCCCUCUGCCCUAAUUUUCUUUCAUCUUUCAUAUUUUUUUAACAUUUAAAUGGAAAUGAUCUCCAAUUUUAAAAGUAUAGGCCCAAAUGGGAGGUUGGGGAGUGGGAGGUCAACAUGAAGGCUGAAAACUCCAAUUAGAGAAGCCAUACAAGAAUACUGUAUGAUUUACCAAAGUGAUAAUUUACUUUAGUUGAGCCAAUUUGAAAAUUAAUGGGACCCAAACUAUAUCUAUCUGCUUUUCUUUCCUAACAUAACCAACUGUCUGAAUGUUUUAAACAACUUCACAUUUUUUAGGUUAGAGAUACUGUGUUGAAGAUGUUUUCCUUAGUUACAGAUAUAACUACUUUUAUUCAAGCAUCGGGGUUGUUGAAUUUAUUUUGACACCUCCACUCAAGAUUUGUUUCACUAGCUAAUUGUUAAAGAAUGGUAUGCUAUAUAAAAGUGAGUCAAAUUAGGAUGUGAAUGAAAAGGUCCCUGCUUUUCACCAGUGAAUCUGAAUGUCCUCAGGUGGAAAAGAGCCAUCAAAGAUAGACUAAAAAGUAUGGUGUGUUAACAAUAUCGUGUCCUGGGAUUCUCUGCCUCUUAUGGAGGUUAUUUUCAAAUUUAAUAAAACUGUUUUGGUACAUUUGAAAAUUUUUCAUUAGUUAAAUUCAUUUUUUUUUGUCAUGACAUUAAAUACUUGUAAUCUAGGUUUCAUUUUAACUUUUUUGGAGGGCAAUUUGGAUGCUUACUUUUGAUUUUGCUUCAUUGCCUGAAUGCCUUUGCAUUUCUUUCAUGGUUUUUAUUUUUGUUUGUGAGCUCUGGUGAUAAAAUGAGUAAUGUCCUAUACGGUCUUUUCAGUGGCAUUCCAAUGUGGACUGCUCAUUCUAUUUUUCCUGUGAUAUGUUCUCAGGGCUGUUUAAGAACCCAAUAUUUUUCCCUCUGCCUAAAAGAUCUUGCUGCUGUUUUGUGUUACACUAUUGAUGGUAGAAGUAAACUCAGAGGCCACAUAAAAGAGACAAGAAUUGCUUCUAUGAUAUACUCUAGGAGUGGACAUCCAGUCCUUAUACUUUUUCAGAAAGACCUAUAGAUAGAGAGAAGGCACUCCCUUCUUUGACAGUUCAUUGCACGUUGGGUUAGUUCAAAUUGUUAGGAAAUAAUUCCUUACAUUAAGUUGAAAUCAGUUUGUGGGCUUUUUUUGUUUUUAGCUACUUCCACUCAUUGGCCCUAAUUCUGUCCUCUGAAGUCAAACAGAUCAAGUCUUAUCUCUUGUCCCCAUGAUAACCCUUCAAAUCUUGGAAAAUAACUAUUGUUUAAAGUGUUUCCCAGAGUGGAGAAAAUACUUUCUAGUACACAAAAUGUUGUUAAGCUAAUAUAUAAUUCUUUUUUAGAUAAUUUUUUUCUAUCCAUAUUUACCAUAUAUACUACAGAAAUCUUAUAAAUUCAUAGAAUGAGAUCUCCUCUAGUUAAAUCACCUCCUUUUAUGUUUGCUUUCUGCAAGAGGGAAAAAAGGUCUCAUGGUAAAACUCAGUUAAUAAUUAAUAAGCCUUUGCAUGAAUAUGCUUUUCUCCAAAGAUAUGUUGUCCCAAUUCAGUCUGUUUAUAUAGCUAAAAUAAAUUUGCCUCAAUAGAUAUAUUCUGUAUACAUUUUUUUUGUUUUUUCUUUAUUAUUAAAAUGUGAAGCCAUGAUUUUUAAAGAGAUAACUUACAUUACAUAUGAAAUGUUUUUUCUCCAUGACCAACAAUUUGUUUUCUGCCUAAAAAAAGUACAAAUAUUGGCAUAUAAUGAUGAAUGUCUUCAUCAUCUGUAGCUUUUCUAGAAGUAGUAUAACAUUCUUAGUAUGUAUAAUAUCACAUACUGUUUAACUGAGAUGAGCAAAACAUCAUCCUUGAAAGAAAGGCUAAUUGGUAAAUUCUUGACUUUGUAGAGUAGGGCAUUUAUUGUAUUGAUUCAUAUAUAGGUUGUCACUGAAUAAAGACCACACUCAUAGCAUGUGGUCUCUUGGAGCAAAAAAAAAAAAAAGAAUACUUAGACAUACUCUGAACAAAAUAUUGGUUAUGGGCCUCAUUCAUACUUUUUACGACAUAUAGGAAAGAAGGCUGAUUUAUAUUUGAACCAAUAUAAUUUUCUUUCAAAUAGUGAAUUUUGUAUCCUGAAAUAAUCCCUAACCACAGUCCUUAAACUGUUUAUCACUUUUGCCUGUCUAUUUCUCUUGAUCUCUGUUUUUCUUUGUCUCUAUCUCAUUUUUGUCUGUUUCUUUCUGCCAUUCAAAGGACCAGUUCAGCUAAGACAGUAGAAGAUCAUCACAAAGGAUUACUUAUAAAGCAAUGGGUAUUUUCCAAUAUAAGGAAUAAUUUUCCUACUCCUAUGUAAGAAGCUAAUCCUGUGGACAUUUUAGAAAUAAGAAUUAGGACAAGCUUCCUAUCUUAUGUAACACAGUUAUAUUAAAACUGAUAAAAUGGUGAAUGGAAGAAGUUCCGAAAAAAAAAAAAAUAAACAAAAUCCUGUCUUUGACUUUUUUAGUUCACUCAGAUAAAUUGGAUGAUGUCCCUAAAUAAAUAGGUAAACUGGCUACCAAAACGUACAACUAUAGGGCAUUUAAUUUAGUAACAGUUUUAAAUUUUGGUUCACAUUCAAAAAUGUGUACCUAUGGUAAUACAUCCAUAGAUAGCCUAUUUAAAGUAUCAUAUCUUUAGUGGAUCAACCUAUUUAAACACGUAUAUAGAAGUACAACAUAAUUUCACAUGUCUGGAUUGACCACAAUUAGAUGCAAUACAAAUAUUAAGAAUCUGGAUAGUAUUCCAAGAUAAAUUAAUACCUUAUCUCUAACAGUUCUAUGGGCUAGUUGACACACUGGGAUUUCUAGCAUACAUACAAUUCUAAAGGGAUAGCCAUUUUCCCCUGAUAUAGGGCCUGGAGAAAUCCCCAAGUACAAUGUGGAGGUCUAAAGAUAAAAUGGAGUUAUACUACAUGUGCUAUUUGAGAGCUCUCAAAAAUUUAACAUGAUGAGAUAAUCCCAACAGUCAGUCAUUUAAAUUUCAGACACAUUAUGUGCAUUUUUCUUAAUCCCUUUACUUAGUAUAUUUAAGUGAAAUGUCUGCUUAGAGGAUUACCAAUGAAUUAAAAAAAAAAAGAUUUAUUUCCUGCUAUUUUGUAACAGAGAAUCAAAAACAGAAAAGGAACAAUGAGGAUGAUUUUGCUAAAAGUAUUAAUAAUAGUGCAUGAACUUGUUGAUGGAAUAACGUCUACUAUCAGGAUUGGGUUCAUCUCAGUAUCUAAGAUAGUAUGUAAUAAAGGUAAAGUAGAGGGCUAAAGAAGAUUUUAAAAAAUAAUUUAGAAAGAAGCCACUUAGCCUUAAAUCUUAUUGCUUAUUAAUCAUUUGUCAAUAUCAUACCUACCUUAGCUUCUAAUUUUCCACUUCCUUCAUAGGUCAAAGUCCAACUGAAAAUUUCCAAAGUAAAAAAAAAAAAAAUGUUGAAUUUUGACUUAGCUGAUCCCAGGAUCUGCAAAACUAGCUCCCUGUCUUUGUGGAAGGACACCCAUCCCCAGCUUUGCAACAGGUACUUUGUUGUGAAGCUUCCUCACUAUCCUUGAGGCAACUUGGUAUAGAGGAAAGAGCAUGGGGUCUAGGGUCACAGGAUAUGGGUUCAAAUGCCAACCUCACCAGUUGCUGUCUGCAUAAUUUACUCAUCUGUAAAAUGAAACAAUUAGAUUAAGAACCUUAUGUGGUUUUAGUCUAUAAUGAGCCUUAUCUUCCUGGGGAAAAAAUGUGAUUGGAAAUUCAUCUCUUUCUGGGUCAAUGUAGGAGAGUAGGUGUCAUCAGGAAUAUUCCUUUGACUAGGUAUUGUUCUCUCUGGUGGGAUGCCUGCUUUGCUUAGAAAAACUUUCAAAUUUGGUUUAGGGGAAAGAACAUUGAAUUUGGAGUACAAAAAUAUGGGUUCUAGUCCCUGCUUUUCCUUGCACAUAGUAAGUGUUCUAUGAAUGCUAAGUCGUCUUCUUCUUCUUCUUCUUCUUCUUCUCUCUUCUCUUUUCUCCUCUCUUCUUCUCCUUCUCCUUCUUCUUCUCCUUCUCUAGGAAAAAUUACUUCAGCUCUCUGGAGUCAGUUUCUGCUUUUUAAAAUGAGGAGAAUGAUUUAGAUGAACUCUUUCCACUAUGGAAAGCUGAAACAAAAAAAAAAUAAAGUUGACCCCAUGGUUCUUGAAUAAUACAGCAUCCACCAUAGCAAAAGAAAAAUUCUUAACAAAAACAUUUUCUAUGAACAUUUAAAUGUACAUAUAUGACAAGAAAUACAUGUACAUAUGUGUAUAAAUGUACAUAUGCAUACAUAUAAUUAAAUGCAUGUAUGUGAGAGCCAUGCCCUUCUCAAGGUAAUUAAGUGAGGCAAAUGGGUUAUUAUUAAAUUCCCUUUAUAAGUGGUCUUUGUGGGGCAAACAUUUAUAAUUCAAUAAAUAGUAUGAAUUAUCCUCUAGCCACAAGGCAUUGUGCUAAGCAAUGGGGGAGGAAAUUUAAAAAAAAAAACAGUUCUCAAGAAUUUUAUAGACUAAUUUGGGAGAAGGGAGAAUGCAAAGAAAUAAUUAUUACAUUAGCUCAAAUGUGAUAAGUCUAGACAAAAUUAUACAUAAUAGUUUUGUCACAUAUAUAUAUAUAUAUAUAUACAUAUUUAUGGAAAAUCACUAUUUUUGGGCUCAGAUGUUUUCAUUUUUCAUUGACAAUUUGUAAAUAUAAUUUGUGCCUUAACUUCUGCAUUUAUCAUAAUUAUACCAAAUAGCAAGCAUUCAUCUAUAGUGGCUCAUCUUUGCUCAGAAAGCAAGCACCUUUUUGUUCUUGUCUGUUAUAAAAAGAAAAUUGCUAAGGCAAAUCAUAAAAAUGGUAUUCAGAGUAGGUAGCAUGUUAACAAGAUGGGAGUGCAGAAGGGUGGCUUCAGAACUCAAACCAGGUAUAAAAAUUUAGCUCCUGCCUUAACCUUUCAUCCUAGGGGAGGUGGAAGGAACAAUCCUUAUCUAUUAUUAUUUACCAUAAGAUUUAGAUCUGAAAGGGAUCAUUUACUCAUGUUUAAAUAGAAAUAUUUCCACAGCACAACAGAGGAUUGUUUUAAACCAAAGUCUUGAUGAAACCUUUCCUAGGAAAGCUCACCCUCCAACAUGAAUGAGUUCAUGCCUCACUACCUUUCACCUCAAGCUUUUCUUCCCUAAACAUUUCCUAUCAUGUAGAAAAUGGAUUCAAGUUUCCCGAUUCAUCAUCAUUUUACCAGAAGAAAGUCCUUAGCAAAAAGUGAUAUAUGGCUAAAAUUCAUAGAAAAAAAUUGGAGGGGGGGGAAUAAUUAGAUGUAGAAUAUUCUUUGUAUUUAUUUUUUCUAAGUUGAUUUAUACCUAGACUUUAUCCAUGUAGUUUAACCAAAAAUAUAGAUAACUUUUAUUGCUGGGGGGUUUUCAACAUCUUAAUUGCUCUUCAUUAGGAAAUUGAUCAGAUGGUCAUGUGAUCAAUCAAUUUCAAUUGAAUGAAAUAGCCAGAAGUACUGUUUUACUGGUAAAGUGAUGUAGAAUUGAUCAAGUUAUGUAGAUUCACCUGGUCUGUCAUGGAUUUCUAUCCUUUUAAUUCCCCCUCCACCCCUGCCAAAUAAAUGAUCAGAGUAGAUCAUCUCUCCUUUCACUUCAAAGCCGAUUAUAGUUUAUGAUGGAAAUAAAAGCUCCCCUUUCAUGCACCUUCCUACAGUUGAAUGUAUUUUAAGUCUUCAUUAUUUGUAUCAUUGGAGAGAUAUAUUUUGCUUCUAGAAUUUUUAUGUACAUGUAGUAGGCUUUGCCUUUAGUAAAUAAAACAUGAAAAAGAUCUGCCAAAAAAUAAGAAAACAAAUUUUUAUAGUAACACAUUUCAUUAUUUAACUGAAAUUAUUGCCAUUUUAUUUCUAUUAGGAAUACACUUCAUUCAGAGAACUACAAUGUCAUAUAUCAUUGGUCUCUUGUUAUACAUAAUUCUGUUCAAAAUGUACUAAACCUUUUACUUGUAUAAUGGAAAGAGCAUCAGUCAUAGUGAUGUGGAAGACUUGAGUCUGAGUCCUGACUCAGCUCUAACACUUACUGGCUGUAUGACCUUGAGCAAGUUUCUUAACUCCUCUGAGGCUGUUUGUUCAUCUAGAAAAUGAAGAUAAUGAUAUUUGCACUACUUAUCUCACAGGGUUGUUGAGAGAAAAAUGCUUUAUAAACUGUAAAGUGCUAUAUAAAUAUUUUAUUAUGUAUUCCUAAGCAACCUUUUCCUUAAGCAAUUAUUGUAAGAAUAUUGUACCUUUGCUCACUGAACUUAUCCUUGCAGUGCAAUAAUUUGUGGACAUUGAUAUUUUAGAAAACCUCAUUUAACAUAACAACUGAAGUUUACUCUAUGUUCACUUUUAAUCUUUGUAUGGUUUGGCCAUUCUCAAGGCCAAAGACAGACUGAAUGUGUUUCAAAAGAGGGACAGUUUAGCUAAAUUCAGAGAAGUGAUCAUCACUAGAUGGUGGGCCAUAAGAUGUAUUCUUUUUUUCCAUCAAAAUUCACAAAGAACAAGGCAAGAAAGGGUUAUGAUCUGUGUUCAUGGAGGCAAUAUCCACACUGAUGAAAUCAUGGUUCCCUAAAGUAUGGGCAGAAGGUAUACGUUUUGCAUGUAAUUUGCAAUGCCUUUUCAGGGACCUUUAGAAGAUAUCAAUAGCAUUCUAUUAUAUGCAGGCAGGAGGUAAAUUUUGUGGUUAAUUUACAAAGUAGUACAUAACUAACCUUUAUGGGACUUCCCUCCAUUUCUUAGUUCAUACUCAAAAAUUCCCCAUGUCUCUAUCCUGUCAGCCAAAUAUGCUAUGCAAAUAUUGAAAUAUGAAGCAGAUAUGCUUGAUAAUACCUUUAAAAUUACUGCUAAUUUUAUUUGCUAAAUUUUGAGUGCUUCAUUUUACUUACAAUAGAGAAAUUUUGACAAUCAUUUGACUAAGGGUGCUACUCAUUUUUCCCAAAUCUUGACUUUAAUAGUAAACUCCUUUAUCUGCAGAAAUUUAUUUUUGUAAUGCACUAAGCCUAUCGCCUUGCCUUUUUUUUUUUGCAUAUUGUUAACACUGUAUAUAUUUUUUGCAUACUACUAUAUUGUAUUACAAUUAUUUUUUUCUGAUUGCUUAUUAAAUCCUAUUGCAAGCCUGUAUUGGUGUUUAAGAUGACAAGUUAAUGCAUAUAUAUUUAUAUACUAAGACAAUGAUCUCUAUUAGGUUAUUCAAUUAAAUUGCAAAUAAUAAAUAAAAGCCCCAUAUUAAGUUUCUGAAAUGAA